AUGGCGAGCCGCCAGACAGCGCUGGAGAAUCCCUCGGUCACCUCACCCUUGAAAAUGACACUGGUGACACCCUCGGAGAGGAAAUGCCAGAAGCAGAUGAAUUGCAGAGCUGUAGAAGAAGUUGACGCGUAUCCAGUUCAUUUUGUUUUUUAUUUAAAUGCCUUACUGCAACACUUCACUGCAACACCUCGCUGCAAUGCCGUGCUACAACGCUUCACUGCAAUGCCUUACUGCAACACCUUGCUGCAGCGCCUGCCCGUCAGCAAGGUGCAUUGUGGUGCCAUUCAGAAUCAGAUGGAGAGUUUUCGGACAUUUCUGCAACUCAGAGAGCUCGAGCUGCCUAUGAAUGGGAUCCAACGUAUAAAGAUCAAACCCGGAGAUUUCCUGCACCUCGAGCUACUGGAUCUGUCAUACAACAGCCUGUCUCCAGGGGACAUCACACAGCUGGGGGUACUCCCACGACUCCGAGUACUCUACCUAUCAGGAAAUGAGCUGACUCAGCUGCCCCCGGACCUGACCGCUCCACCUCCGGAUGAUGAAGACAUGACCAUGUUUCCCUGCCUGGAUAUUCUGAUGUUGGACGACAACAGACUUUCCCACCCGGCUGUGUUUGUGAGCCUGGCUGGUCUUAAAAGUUUACGUCUGCUGAACCUGGACAGUAACGGUAUCACCGCAGUUCCGUAUCUACAUCAGUCUGAGAGCUGCCGGCGGGGAGGAGAGGCUGAGCACAUGGACACAGAAGUAAAGGGCAACCAUAGGACAACAGACAUGAGAGACGGAGACAAUUCUCUGUCUGAGGGGAUGGAGGAGAAGAUAGACUACAUGGUCCUGCCCAGCACUAAAGAUCCCGACAGGACAGAAGUGAUAUUCCCCUCCGUCCAGAGCGCCGCUCCUUCUGAUCCCCUCCCAGAGCCCCCAGAGACCUCCAUCAGCUCCUCUAUCCUGCCCAGCUUCCUGAUGUCCUACACAGAAGAGCUGAUCCAGUCCUUCUCCCCUCCAUUGCCGAGCCUGACAACCCUCAGCCUGGCUGACAACAAGAUCACUCACGAAGAGGACCUGUUGGCUGCGGCUCUCUUCCCAGCAUUGGAGGAGAUCGUGAUCCAUGGGAAUCCACUGACCACACGCAGGAAAGGAGAUCCGCACUUGCUGAAGAGCUUCCUCCAACAACGCCUCGGAGUGAAAAUCACCCGGAAAAAAAUGGCGCCAGUCAAAAAACCUCAUCUGGAGAUCCCCAAUCGGUAGGUCACCACACACGUCCCCAAAAUCCCUAAGCAGCCUCUGAUGAUAGAGCCGCCACUACAUCCCUUCCUGAGACUGUUUGGUCAUGAGAGUGACAUCACAGGACGCGUGAUGUCAUCCAGUCCUCUCCCUCCAAUCAGAACGUCUUCAGAGAGAGCGCAAGACACAGCCAGGGGGUGGAGUCAGGAAUCCAGCGGGACACCGGAGACAUCAGAAGAGGAGAUGAGUUUUGGCUCCGAACCUGCCGCUGAGUCUGUCUUCAUGACGCAGGUGGAUGAUCUGCCGGACCCCCCACCCUGCUCCAGCUCAGUCACCGCCCAUGAGGAACAAGACGUGAAUAUCAGCCAGAACCUGGAACAUACGGAGAUCCCAGAGAAGUUCCGGGGCUACGAGGAGUUCUACCAAGUGAAGACCGACCCUGAUUUCAUAGAACCCGUCGGUAUACAGAACAAUGUACGCGCUCUGGAGUACGCCCUGAAACACAUGCUUGUGUACCAUGAUUGUGAGCCCAGACUGGGCAGCAUUCAGAAGCCGCACAUCCCUCGGGAGAGCCAGCUUCAGAAAGAGCUUCAUCCCUCACCAUGGAAGAGCAAGAAGGAGGUCCUAGCCGAUGUCCUGACCACUAUGAGAGAACAGCGCCAUCUAGUGGAGGUUCCUCUGGAAUCCGCCUUGGAGAAGAAUAAAAGCAGCAGAGAAAAGAGAGAGGCGAGGGGUUUGAUGAAAGAUCUUCAUCAGAGAUACGAGUUCUUACACUCACAAGCUGUGAAAUGGGCGACCAAGCUGGAGGACGACCUUAAGAACACGGCCAAGGAACUGCUAGAGGCUCAGGGCAAACUAGGAGACAUCCACAGGAAGGACCAUCAUGGACUGAGAUGUGAACCGCACAGCCACUGA